AUGUAUACCCGUGCAGCCCUCUCUGACAUCAAGGAGCUGCACGUAGGGAAUUAUAUCCUCCUAAAAACCAUCGGCUGGGGAGCCUUUGCCUCAGUGUGGCUGGCGCGGCACACUGUAACGGGCAAAGAAGUGGCAGUGAAGGUUCUGCGUCAACAGGGCCUCUCUGAUCCUUCUGAUGAAGUCCAUGCUCUCCAGGUACUAAAACACCCCAACAUCGCCCAGUUGUUUGAAGUGGUUACCACUGAAGACAAUGUAUAUCUCUUCCAAGAGUAUAUCAGCGGCGGCGAUUUAUUUGAUUAUCUGAAGAAUAGAAGCCGCAUGGCAGAGGAGGAAGCCCGAACUACCUUGCGCCAAUUAAUAUCUGCGUUACAACACUGUCACAAACGCGGCAUAAUCCAUAGAGAUGUUAAGCCUGAAAAUAUACUGCUAGAUGGGGAUAACAAUGUGCGGUUAGCAGAUUUUGGCUUGAGUGCAGUACUUAAAGAUGAGAAGCUAACAGACUGCUGUGGGACUAUCCCAUACAUGGCGCCUGAGGUAUUGAAGUGUGAACCUUAUGAUGAAAAGGCCGAUGUAUGGAGUGUCGGAAUAGUCCUCUACAAGAUGCUAACAAAACACCUACCAUUCAAGGGGAAGAACACCAAGGAGGAAGAGAAUAGUAUAUUGAGAGGACAGUUCCAUUUACCAAUGUAUCUCUCCCACGGAUGUAGAGACCUUUUGAAGAAAUUAUUGACCUUCAACCCCAGCAAGAGACCAACUCUAGAGAAUGUAAUGAAAGACCGCUGGCUCAACUUUGGCCAGUCAGAGGCCCUCAGGCCAUAUGUUGAGCCACCCCAGGGGGACCUGAAUGCUCAGAUAGUAAGCAUCAUGAUAAAUAUGGGCUGGGAGGAACAUGAGAUACGAGAAUCGGUAACUUCAAAAAAAUAUGAUAGUCUUAUGGGGACCUAUCUAAUUUUAUCUAUGACAACACCUCAAAUGAAGAUAUCCACCAUUAAGGUAAGGCCCUGUUCCUCCCCUGACCCUAACAUCAAUCCUUCUGCAUUCCAAGGGGUUCAGGCAGAAGGGCAAAAGGGCGGAGACCCGGCCACUUUACCACCCAGCUUCGAAUCAAGGCUGCCCACCUCCUCAGCCAGCAUGAAAGGGGGGAAGAACAUUCUGAAACCAAAAACCACCACGUCCCCAACCAGGGAAGACGUGAAAACCACCACCACCCCAGUCAGGGAAGAAGUGAAAACCACCACACCCCCAACCAGGGAAGAAGUGAAAACCACCACCCCGCGAACCCGCGAAGAACCAACCACCACCACCAUCCUACCCAGAGAAGAUGAGAAGACCACCACCAUCCUACCCAGAGAAGAUGAGAAGACCACCACCAUCCUACCCAGAGAAGAUGAGAAGACCACCACCAUCCUACCCAGAGAAGAUGAGAAGACCACCACCAUCCUACCCAGAGAAGAUGAGAAGACCACCACCAUCCUACCCAGGGAAGAUGAGAAGACCACCACCAUCCUACCCAGGGAAGAUGAGAAGACCACCACCAUCCUACCCAGGGAAGAUGAGAAGACCACCACCAUCCUACCCAGGGAAGAUGAGAAGACCACCACCAUCCUACCCAGGGAAGAUGAGAAGACCACCACCAUCCUACCCAGGGAAGAUGAGAAGACCACCACCAUCCUACCCAGGGAAGAUGAGAAGACUACCACCAUCCUAUCCAGAGAAGAAGAGGAGACCACCACCAUUCUACACAGAGAAGAAGAGAAGACCACCACCAUCCCAGCCACGGAAGAAACAAGGAGCACCACUCCAAUACCUGGCCCAAAGUCAGGGACCACCACCUCCAGUACAGCCCUCCGGGGUGACCCUGGGAACUCCCGCAUCAUGUACAUCAGCAGCACCAGCAGGGUUGGUGGAGCCCCCGAGGAAACCACCAAUGAAAAUAACCCUCAAACUGCUCAUUCUGAUGUCGAGUCCUUAGCCUCUUUCCCUGGCCACAUCCAGGGCCAACAGACCACUGAUCCCCACCAGCCCGGCACUGAUACAAUUUUUAAAAAGUGUCGCUGGCCACCACAGACCAUAGUCGAAGAUUCUGUGAAGAUCAAGCAGCACCCCCAGAAUGUUGAAGCUGAAGGUACUGAGCUCCUAGGAGGCCGGCCACGUGGUGCAGGUGAUGAACCAGAUGCUGGACACAAACAGCUGCGAUGA